GUUACAAAUGGCAAAGGAUAUGGAGUAUGGAAAUGACCAAUAUGCCCCUAGUAAAGACUACCAAGACCCACCUCCAGCACCACUUAUUGACCCUGAGGAACUUGGAAAAUGGUCAUUUUACAGAGCUAUUAUUGCUGAAUUUAUUGCCACACUUUUGUUUCUAUACAUUACUGUACUCACUGUGAUUGGCUACAAGAGCCAAAGUGAUGGUGACCAAUGUGGUGGUGUUGGCAUUCUUGGCAUUGCUUGGGCCUUUGGUGGCAUGAUUUUUGUUCUUGUUUAUUGCACAGCUGGCAUUUCUGGUGGACAUAUUAACCCUGCUGUGACAUUUGGACUCUUGUUGGCCAGAAAAGUGUCAUUAGUGAGAGCAAUUUUUUACAUAGUAGCACAAUGCUUAGGAGCUAUUUGUGGUUGUGGUUUAGUGAAGUUAUUUCAAAAGGCUUAUUAUGUUAAGUAUGGUGGUGGUGCUAAUGAACUUGCUGUUGGUUACAACAUAGCCACUGGAUUAGGUGCUGAAAUUAUUGGCACUUUUGUUCUUGUUUACACUGUUUUUUCUGCUACCGAUCCCAAGAGAAAUGCCAGAGACUCUCAUGUUCCUGUAUUGGCACCACUUCCAAUUGGAUUUGCUGUAUUUAUGGUUCAUUUGGCCACUAUUCCAAUUACUGGAACUGGUAUUAACCCAGCUAGAAGUUUUGGAGCUGCUGUAAUUUAUGGCAAAAAUAAAUCAUGGGAUGACCAAUGGAUUUUUUGGGUUGGACCUUUUAUUGGUGCUGCAAUUGCUGCAAUAUAUCAUCAAUAUAUUUUGAGAGCUGGAGCAUCCAAAUCAAUUAAUUCAUUCAGAAGCAAUGCAUAAUAAUAAGAAUUAAUAUAAGCUAUACUGGCAAUUAUUAUUAAUUUUAAAAUGUGCCAAAAUAUUGU